AUGGCUGUAGGAUUGGCGCUGUCGCUGUUUUGCGUGAUUUUGAGCGCGGCCGGAGCCCAGGACUCGUACGGUGAGCUCCCGGCGGGACAUAGGAGCGGAGUGGACCUGGCUCUGGAGCAGAUGCGCGGACAUGCCUCCCUCCAGCACCAUUUUCGCUUUCUGAGGACAGUGGACAAAACUGAGAUUGAGUCUGGAUUCGGGGUCAAAUAUCUGUACCAGCAGUUUCUCCUGAAGCCGACCAGAUGUCCCAAAGGAACCGCGAACGCCACCCCUCAGAGAUGCCCGUUCAGGAACGACCGCCCUCUGAUGGACUGUGCCGUUUGCUACAAGACGGUGUCGGAGCAGAUGGAGCCAGAGCCCAGACCCUACGUGCACUGCAUCCACAAGCCCAGACUCACUGAGGAGAUGAAAACGGCCAGAACUGAGCACUGCAAAAAGAUGGUCUACAACAGCGGAGCUCCCACUCUGCUCUCCGUCUCCACUGGUUAA